GGGCGUGCGUGCCGCCGUUUAUCCGGUGCUGCAGUGAGGAGGUGGUUCUCGCCCGUGUUGUGAGUGUGCGUGAGUGAGCGAGUGAGUGAGUGAGUGAGUGUGUGUGUGUGGGACUCGCUUGUUGUUGUCGGUGACUUCCCCCUCCCCUCCACCCUUUCCCCUUCCCUACCGCUGCUGCAGUGGCCGCUCCCUGGGCCGUAGGAAAUGAGCGAUAACGAUGACAUCGAGGUGGAGAGCGACGAAGAGCAACCGAGGUUUCAAUCUGCGGCUGACAAACGGGCUCAUCAUAAUGCACUGGAACGGAAACGUAGGGACCACAUCAAAGACAGCUUUCACAGUUUGCGGGACUCGGUCCCAUCACUCCAAGGAGAGAAGGCAUCUCGGGCCCAAAUCCUAGACAAAGCCACAGAGUAUAUCCAGUAUAUGCGAAGGAAAAACCACACACACCAGCAAGAUAUUGAUGACCUCAAGCGGCAGAAUGCUCUUCUGGAGCAGCAAGUCCGUGCACUGGAGAAGGCAAGGUCGAGUGCCCAGCUGCAGACCAACUACCCCUCCUCAGACAACAGCCUCUACACCAACGCCAAGGGCAGCACCAUCUCUGCCUUCGAUGGGGGCUCGGACUCCAGCUCAGAGUCGGAGCCCGAAGAGCCCCAAAGCAGGAAGAAACUCCGGAUGGAGGCCAGCUAAGCUCCGCAGGGCAGGCCAGCAAUAAAAACUGUCUGUCUCCUCCGUCGUCUCAUCCUCCUUUCAGUUCAUCCUUAGAACCCUCAGAACCAUCUAAGAGACUCUUAUUUUUUUUUCUUUUCUCUUUUUUUAAUUUUAUUUUUACAUAGAAGCUCUUGGACAACAGCUCUCGUUCUCCUUCCCCAUUUCCACUAUUUUUUUUUAAUGUUUCCCUUCAGGGAUUCCCUGUCCCCACCAGGAAUUUUUAAACCAAAACACCCCAACUUGGCAGCUUUUUCUGUGGAGGACAGACGGCCGGCCGGACCUCUGAGCACACGGUGUCCUGACCACCUACCAGCUCCUCCAGCCCUGCUGGGCACAGGCCCAGAGGACCCCUGCCCCUCCCAGGCCUCUCCUCCCGGGCCACCCUCACCUCUUCGACAGACUUUGUGAAUCUGUGGACUGCUCUGCUUUAAGAAGAUGACUGGUUUAAGAAGUAAUCAGAGUUACCCCCUCUUCUUUUUAAGGAUUUUUUUUUCUAAAAAGCUAUUUAUCGCUCCUGAUGAAAGACCAAAUCCUUGAAGAAGUUUGUGGUGUGAGAGGAAGUGGGGACAGAUCCGCAGCACAGAGUCUUUGGCCUGUUCCCCUCCUGCGUCUCCGCCCGCCUUCGGGAGGCUGUGGGACGCUCGCGUGGUGCGUGUGGGGCUCGUCCUCAGUGAGGUGGUAGCCGCCAGCGGUUGCUAGGGGGUGGGGCAAGGAGCGGGGACCGGGCGGGGUAGAGGUUUUAUAUGGAGGGCCAGUGAUGAUGUUUUGAUAUUUAUUUCCUGCUACUGAAAUUUGAAUCUGAGUGAAUUGUCCCUAUUUCUGAUGAUGUCGGUAUAGCAAAGCGACAGAUUCAUAAAGUAAUGAUCAAAUCUUUCUUUCUUUCCGUGUGUAUUUCUAAGAAAUAGAGCCAACUGAUUUUGUAUGUAAAUACCAAGAGCAAUUUACCUGGUACUAAACCCGCACCCCAGUGCGGCCCCUUCCAGCCCUCGCCCCACGCCGUUUCCUGCUGUUCUGGAACCUGUCCCUAGUGUGUGAUCCAGCCCUGGUUCUGGCUGCGGUCAGCAGAUCCCAGUGAAGGGUUUUGUGUGUUGAGGCCUCAUUUCUUUGUCUUUUCCUACGCUGUUCCUGGCAUUUGCUGAUUUCUAGUGUAUACUCUGUAGUCUCAGUCCGUGUUUGAUUCCAUUCCAUGGAAAUAAAAAGUAUGUUGUACAUACUGCUGAAGAAUUGUCUUGCAAGUUAAGGCUUCCCCCUUUACUAUAAGACUAUAAAUAAAAACUUAUUUUAUCCUU